AUGCUCGGACAAUUCCCAGCGACGUUUUGUGGAAGAUACAAGGAUGAAAUGGCUACCACAAAUGUUGCCCAGCGUUUAGCCCUGAACGGCAUCAAGGCCAGAGCGAGCAGCAGGUGA